AUGUCUCCCUCACCUCUCGCAGCAUCACCAGAAGUUAUAACCCUCCUAAUAGACCUCCACACCAGAUCCCUAACCCAAGAAUCCACCGUUGACUGGAAAAGCCUACCGGCGCAAUGCAGCCCCGAAUUCGACUCCAUCAUGCUGGACAAGUUCAUCGCCCUCGACCAAGAUAAGUGCGAACUAGUCUACCACCUCCUACGCAGCAUCAACGCAAAGACAGUCGUCGAGGCCGGUACCAGCUUCGGCGUCAGCACCAUCUACCUAGCACUUGCUGUUGCAGAGAAUGCGAAGCGGGUUGGCGCUACCUCUCAACCACGAGUCAUCGCCACAGAGAAGGAAGAAUCCAAGGCUAAGUUGGCCCGAGCGCAUUGGGCCAGUGCGGGCAAGGAUGUUGAAGAUGUGAUUGAUCUUCGUGUUGGAGAUCUGCGUGAGACUCUUACUUCGGAUUUGGGGACGGUGGAUUUCUUAUUGUUGGAUAUCUGGACCCCUCUUGCCCUCCCUGCACUCAAGCUCGUCCAGCCGCACCUCCGACCUGGCGCUGUGAUCGUCGCUGAUAAUACAGUCAAGGCGGGUGAUAGGUAUCAGGAGCUCUUUGCAUAUGUCGAUGCCGAGGGUAGCGGGUUCCGACGUCUGACGAUGCCGUAUGAGGGAGGUUUGGAUAUGAUUGUCUAUCAGUAG